AUGGAUGGGGCGGAAGGGUUGGAAAGCGGAGCAGAUAUCAGUAUCGGAGCGGUCGGAUCAGACCCCACUGAACAUGCGCCCAUCAGGGUUGUGAAGGAGCCAUUGAGGGCAGGGAACAAUCAUGACUAUGAUGCGCAAGUGUGUCGCCACCUCGAUUGUCAUGAUAAGGUGGAGCACUUUGACCUCGCACUCCAGAUGUAUGUGCAGAAGGACCACGAAAGUGACAAAGACAAUGAGGGUGGUCUUGCCCAGCAUUUUGUCAAGGACUACUUUGCUUGCGCAUGUGACCUCAUUAAUGGUGUUCAUCCUCAAGCUCCCCAUCCCUAUCAAACAUUCUCCACCUCAAUUAACGCUUACCAUCUCAGCUAUGACCCCACCCUCACAAAAAUGACAGUGGAUAAGGCUGCUGAAAACUUCUCUCUUCCUGACCUUCGUCCUGCAGUCUCUGAUCAUCUCAACCAGGUGGAUGCCCAUGUUGAUCAUUUCGCUGUUGGCAAAUCAUCAAAUACCCCAGCAGUGGUGCCAGAGACCAAAACUGUAGCAACUGCCAAGCCCCAAGCUGACACUGCAGUUGUGCAACAUGAUCAGGUUUUGGGUAUCACACAUGUUAUCACUGCAAGACCAGAUGGGUGCUAUGAGCAACUCAUAGAUGCUCUUCAGCAGGUCUGGGUGGAACCUGUAUGCUUUAUCAAUGUCUCUGCUGCCAAUCAUGAUGUCAUAUCUUCCUCACAGGAUGAAUGUCCAUGCACUAUGUCUGCUCCUCAGCCUUUCAACCCUCAGUAA